GCAUCGGCAUCGGGAUCACAGCAUCCAAUAGUCCUAUUCAACAUUGAAAAUGUCGUUUAAAAGAGAUGGGGAUGAUAUUAACCAGCUUGGAGUAUUGAGAAGAAGACGAAUUAAGGAGUUAUUUGCGGAAGACAUUCCUGAGGAUGAAGCUCUACUUACCAGCAAUGGAAGAUAUGCAUGCCUUGUGUGCACGUACAGACCAGUGUUUGAUACUGUUAUCAUGUUGACACAACAUCGCAAAGGAAAGAAGCACCAGGCAUACAUGGUGCAGUUUGAAGAAAAGAAAGCUGAGCUGGAAAGCCUAGUACAGCAGAGAAAACAUGAACAAUACAUAAAAGAUGGAACAACAGACAUAAAGCAGGUCAUAACAUCCCACAGAGGCUUGGGGUGUGGACACAAGUAUGACCCAAGAGUGAAGAAAAAAUUCCAGUUCCAAAAGACCCGGGUAAACCUAGAUGAAUCAUGCAAUGAAAGUACACCCAGUCACAGUGCAGUACCAACAGCUACCGAUAUUUCCUGUCUUCCAGGAGUCGGUCAUUUAUCUAAACCAUCUCCAACAGCAUCGGGGAUUCUGAAAAAGGACUUGCAAAUAAAGGAUAUGAAAGAUGUAGAAGAUGUUAAUUCAGGUAGUGCUGACUGUCAAUUCAGUAGCAACAAAAACUUCAAGGAGCAUGUCUUGGGCCAGAAAGGGCCAUUUCGACAUAACAAGCAACUGAAAAAUAUUUUCUCUGGACCAAAAUCAAGCAGUUUUACUCCUAUUCCAUACAAAAGAAAAGCAACUGAUAAUCCUGGACAUGAAACAGGAGCAGUGAAUAGUGUUAAACAGUCCAGAGGAAAUGAUCAAAGUGCAGCAGCAUGUACAUCGCAUGCAGAACUAAAUAUUGCAGAUUCGUGUCAUUCCAAACAAACUAGUGAUAAGAAAAGGUUUGGAUCUCUGUUGAAAACCAAAAACGAUAAGACACACAGAAGUGAAGAUGAUGAAAAGCGACUUGGAGAAAAGCAGAAGUUAGCAGACCAAUACCUGUUCUAUAGGGGUGGGGGAUGGAAGAAGAAUUGGAAAGGGGAGUGGAUAAAGGAUGAAGAUGUGGAAUUUGAUUCUGAUGAAGAACCUCCUGAUCUUCCAUAGACUGACUUUCAAAGUACUAACAGACUCACAAAGUGAACUCAAGGCUGAGAAUAUUUCAAUUCAAGAUUUUGGAGCUGUUUUCUUUUUUAAUGAGUGUUUUACAUCACCAGACACUGUAAAUCAGCUAAUAUGUUGACGGUGCUACCGUUUGAGCAAACACAGCUUCAUGUAUGUACAAAUUUUGUAAUGUUCAUGCUUUGAUCAGGUUCAAUUUAAACAAUAAUAUUUGCCAAAUACUCAUGACAUGAAUUUUCUCCCAGGGUUUUAUAUUAAAAAUCGUUAAAACGUGUAUACAUGAAUGUGAUUGGAAUAUUUGUAUGCUACAUAUACAUUUUAUUUCUGCUGCCUUCACUGUGACUUGCUUAACCUUUGAUGCACGACUUGUUCUGAACUGUAUGCUCUCAGCAGUUGACUGAAUAAAAUUGCAACAUCAUUGAUUUAA